AUGGCGACCGAGCAGUCUUACAUCAUGAUCAAGCCUGACGGCGUGCAGCGCGGCCUUGUGGGCGAGAUCAUCAAGCGCUUCGAGCAGCGCGGCUACACCCUCAGGGCCCUGAAGCUCCAGAGCGUGGAGCGCGCCCAGGCCGAGAAGCACUACGCCGACCUCUCCUCCAAGCCUUUCUUCCCGGCCCUGGUCGACUACAUCAUCAGCGGCCCCGUGGUGGCCAUGGUCUGGGAGGGUAAGGGCGUCGUCGCCACCGGCCGCAAGAUCAUCGGCGCCACCAACCCCCUGGCUUCCGAGCCCGGCACCAUCCGCGGCGACUUCGCCAUCGAGGUGGGGCGCAACGUGAUCCACGGCUCCGACACCGUGGAGAACGCCCAGAAGGAGAUCGCCCUCUGGUUCGGCGAGAGCCUUGUUGACUGGACCCCCGCCGCCAAGCCCUGGAUCUACGAGUAG